GAGGCACCUGCGGGGAGCACGGAUGGGAAGGGGGAAGAGGGAGGUACAGUCCAGCUCAGUGAUGUCUCCCGGGGCUGGGUGUGCAGGACUAGCCCCUCAAGAAUUGAGCCCUAGCGCCACUUGCCAGAAGGGAACCAGGGCUGUCCCAGCUCUGACCCUGGGGCAGAAAAUCAAAGUGUCCACACUGGGACAGGUGCUCAGCGCUGGCUUGGGGACCCAACGGUUUCUAAUCCAUCAUAAUUAACAGAGCUGGUGACAGUUCUGAUAAUUCUGAACGGAUCACAUUCUGGGCCUGUGAUCUACCUCGGGGCUGCUUGGCAGCAGGAUUAAGCUCGAUGCCGAGAGUCAAAGGUCAACUAAAUGAGGGGCAAUUAGAGAUCUGGAGGAAAGUGAUGCCCUGGUGGCCUCACUCAGCCCUGUGGCACUCAGAUCCAAGACAGUCCCCAAGUAUCGAGCACUUGGUACAUUUGGGGACCUUGGACCUGUAGUCCCAAUCCCUGUGGCAGCCUGUGAAGUGAGCGGUGGUAUCUCUAGUGACAGAAGCAGACACACGCUCAAAGGGGCCAAAGCACCUGCUCCGGUCACCUGGGUCAGUGGUGGGGGAGAGUGGUGGGGUCGAGUUGAAAUCCAGGUGAGUUGGACUCCAGAGCUGUUGGUCUCUCCCACCUUCCCGCCUCCUCAUUGAUCGUUAAUCUUCCUUGGAGACAAAUGUCCCAAGCCCUAGGUCUCUGAGUGUCUUGGAUUGUCCUCCCAACCCUGAGGGGUUGGCUCUGCUCCCCCCAUCCUUCCCCAAUGCAGGCUGCAUGUGGGCCUGAGUCCAUUGUCAUCCUCCCUCUCGUCUGUCUCAGUCACCUUUUCUCCUGUCCCUCUGGUCCGUUCCCGGCCCCCAUGAGAGCUGAGUCAGAGACAGAGCUUCCCCUUGGCUCCCAAUGCCUCCCUGGGGGCCCCUCCUUGGCUGUAUCCGUCCGUCACUCCUGCCGCAUGCGCUGGGCUCACUCCUCUGACCUGCCGGGAAGCAGAGAGACUCAGAGAGGGAGGCAGGCGGAACCCGGAGACAGACCUGAGCCAGAGGGAGAGGGAGAGGAAGAGGGAGGCAGAAACUGCAGCUGGACUUGCGCCCUCCCCCUCCCUCCCUCCCAGCCUGCCUUGGCACCCUCCUGAGCCAAAGCCCCUUCAAGUUCCCCAGGGGCUCUAGCCUCCCGCUCUUGGGGGCACCAGCCCCUCAGGGCCCUGUGUCCCACCAUGUCGGUGGCCGUGGAAACCUUUGGCUUCUUCAUGGCAGCCCUGGGGCUGCUGAUGCUGGGGGUGACCCUGCCAAACAGCUACUGGCGAGUGUCCACCGUGAACGGAAAUGUCAUCACCACCAACACCAUCUUCGAGAACCUCUGGUAUAGCUGUGCUACCGACUCCAUGGGAGUCUCCAACUGCUGGGAGUUCCCGUCCUUGCUGGCCCUCUCUGGGUACAUCCAGGCCUGCCGAGCGCUCAUGAUCACCGCCAUCCUCCUGGGCUUCCUUGGCCUCUUUCUAAGCAUAGUGGGGCUGCGCUGCACGAACAUUGGGAAUGUGGUGCCCUCCAGGAAAGCCAAGCUGGUGGCCACCGCGGGGGCCCUACACAUGUUGGCUGGUAUCUGCGGGAUGGUGGCCAUCUCCUGGUACGCCUUCAACAUCACCCGGGACUUCUUCGACCCGCUGUACGUCGGAACCAAGUACGAGUUGGGCCCCGCCCUCUACCUGGGCUGGAGCGCCUCCCUGAUCUCCAUCCUGGGCGGCAUCUGCCUCUGCUCCGCGCGCUGCUGCGACCCUGCCGAGGACCCCGCCGCCAGAGCCCGGCUUCCCUACAAGGCGUCCGUGGCGCCCCUCGCCGCGUCGGGUGAUGAAGGCGACAGCAGCUUUGGCAAAUACGGCAAAAACGCCUAUGUGUAGGACCUGCGGCCUGUGAGCCCCGUUUUCCUUCCCACUGCCCCAGGGGAGAGGGGUCACCGCCGGGUCCCACCCUCCCAACAGCAGCCUCAGGGGAAAGCCACGCCCCAGGCUCCACCCCGUGUCCGCAAGCCACGCCCAUAUCUGGGCCCGCCUCUCCGACUGGAGCCACGGCCCGGCCACGCCCCCUUGCCUUGCGCUCCUGGGGUCUUCCCGGCCAAGAAUCGCUCUGAGAAGUCCCUUUGGCUGGACUCCUCCUCGUCCAUCUUCUGAGCCUGGGCUCCGGGAUGUGAAGCGGACGGAGGUGUCCCCGAGUGUGUGUGUUAUAUAUAAAUACAUGCAUAAAUAAAUGUAUAUUGUGACUGUU